ACCUUGAAGACACAGGAUAAAAAAUGGACACAGCUCCAGAAAAAAGUGAAAAGUGUACUGUCAGAACUGUAAUUGUGCAUAUACUAGUUAUGACUUUUGGAGCCUCCUGCUGGAUCGGGGUUAAUAGCAUCUUCAUUCAACUUCCUCUAUUGAUAAACUUUUUACCAGAAGGAUGGGGAUUAGCAGCACAUCUAACUAUAGCCGUUCAAGCAGCAAACAUUGCACCUAUAAUUUACAGCUUAGUACACAAGUUUUUGGUGCAAAUCAACGAAUCAAAAUGUAUCUUUUUAAUGCUUGUCAUCGGUUGUUGCGUGAUGGGAAUGAUGUCAUUCUUUUACGACAAAACUUUCAAUAUCGCAGGCAAUGAUCAUAGUGUUGCCCUGUUUCUAUUGACAUUUUUCGUUUCAACGAUUAGCUGCACUAGUUCUGUUUUAUUUAUGCCUCAUCUUAAGAAUUUCAAAGAAAUUUACUUAGUAUCUUAUUUUGUGGGAGAAGGUAUCGGAGGAGUACUACCCAGUAUUGUUGCUCUUAUUCAAGGUGUCGGGGAAUUUUCGGGUUGUAGUAACAGUACAGAUACAAAUAAUGUAUUAGAUAUCCACUCACCCAGAUUUUCAACUCAAUGUUAUUUUCUUUUUAUAUUUGCAUGCCUACUUUUAUCUCUACUAGCAUUUCUUCUUUUGGAAAACCUUUCUUUUGUUGAGAAAGAAAAAAUUCCCUCUCAGUCUCUGGACAAUAAUUCUAAUAUCGAUAACAACGAGCAAGGUCUUUCUUGUCAAAAGUACUUAUUGAUGUCAUCAAAUGGUUUGACGACUGAAUGCCAAGUCUUAGAAAGGCACGUUUGUUUGGACGACAACCACAAGACUGAUGUUAAAAAAUUUUCUAAAACAUAUUACUCGCAAACCAGCAGCCACAAAAAUGUAGAAAGUUUAUACCUGUAUAUUCUUCUAGGCAUAAUUUGUCUUUUAGCCAACGGACUACUCCCUGGCUUUCAACCAUAUUCAUGUUUGUCGUAUGGAAAUAUGACGUAUCAUUUGAGCGCCACAUUAUCGCAAAUCGUCAACCCAAUUGCUUGUUUUCUCGCUCUUUGGUUUCUUCCGCAUAGCGGGAAACUCAUCAAUUUAUUUUCCAUCGUUAUUUUCACUGUGAGCGGUUACGUGACGUAUCUAGCUUUGUCCUCACCGAAUCCCCCUUUUCAAGGUACUGUGAUGGGCAAAACUUUGGUGGUAUUAUCGUGGACAUUGUUGGUGGGUCUCAUUGCAUACACUAAGCUCAUAAUUACGUCAGUAUUUCGAAGAAAGUCUGAGAAAGAACUUUUCCACGUUGGAAUCGUAAUGCAAGCUGGCUCUGCAUGUGGUGCGGUGAUGUCUUUUGUAAUAAUCAAUUUUACAAAGUUGCUGCAAGAGUAUGAGCAAUGUAGUAGUUAAAUGCAAUUUAAUUGAUGAUUUGUACUUAUUGGAAAAUCAUUAGAAAUUGAAAUUUUCGUUUUGAUUUAUUUUUGACAUAUUUAUUAAAGUAAUUUAUACAAGGGCUUGAAUUUUUUUUCUUAUUAUUGUAUACAAAGAUUCAAAGCAAUGAAGAAAUGUGAUAUUUGAAAAAAACAAUGAAUUUAUACAGUAAAAAAAAAGUUUGUUACAUUUUUUACGUCGUAAGAGUAAUUAAUUAAACGAGUUAAUUUUUUUUUAGUAUGACGUAUGAAUGUUUUUUUUAACCAACCGAGAAUUUUUAAUGUAAAUUUUAUUACUACUGUUGUUUAAGUUAUCACUGAAGCUCAAAUGUAAAUACAGCGUUCAAUGAGUCAAAUGUUAUGCAGAGAAUGGGAUGGAUCAAUAAAAUUAAACUAGGUACAUGUGAUAAAUGUAUUUUUCUGGUAUAAUGUUGUAGAUAGUUUUUAGAAACACAUCUCAGAUUUAUUAUAAUGAAAAUGUUACAAUCGUUGAAAUUUUAUUAAAUGUUCCGAGAGUCGACAAAAUAUUUGAAAUACAG